UUGCGAAUAAAUCGACGUUGUUUUUAUGAGAUGCUUUGAUUCGCCCUCGUCCGAUGCCUUUGCCUUCCUUCGCUGCCGCAACUGAUGCCGCUGCUGCUGCUCCAUGUUCCGUUGCAUCACCACCAACCGCGUCCAGCUCACCACAAAUCUUCAACACCUACCUCGCCACUUGCCUCAAGUUGAGAUUGACCUCCUCCUCCGUUCGCACUCUGCUCCCCUUCAGUCGUCGCCUCAAAGCUCGCUCCUUCCUCGCCCCCGUCUUCUUCCGCUCGCCUACCCCUCUUCCCAUAGAUAUGGGAAGCAAUGGGGUUCUUCUAGGAAAGGAACCUGACUUAGUUCUCUCCUCUUCAUAUGAGGCUGCAAUGAAGGCCCUUUCCUCUCUAAUUGGUGGACGCAAAAAUAAUGUUAAACCCCCAAAAGGAAAAUUGAAUGCAAUGCUUGAUUAUUUAAAGAUAAUAGGUGUGGAGAACUUAAUUCAGCUCAACAUUAUCCACAUUGGUGGAACAAAAGGAAAGGGCUCAACUUGCACAUUUUCUGAAGCUAUUUUACGCGAAUGUGGUUUUCGAACAGGACUUUUCACAUCUCCUCAUCUUAUGGAUGUGAGAGAAAGAUUUCGAAUUAAUGGGUUAGACAUCUCAGAAGAUAAAUUUUUGUAUUACUUCUGGGAUUGUUGGAACAUAUUGAAGGAGAAUGUAGAUCAGAAUUUGCCUAUGCCUCCAUUAUUUCAGUUCUUGACAGUGCUGGCAUUUAAGAUAUUUGUCUCAGAAAAGGUUGAUGUUGCAGUUAUUGAAGUAGGGCUUGGGGGAAGAUUAGACUCCACAAACGUGGUUCAGGAGCCUGUUGUCUGCGGAAUAACCUCAAUUGGAAUGGAUCACAUGGAGAUCUUGGGUGAUACAAUUGGGAAAAUUGCUACUUCAAAAUCUGGGAUAUUCAAGCCCAAUGUUCCUGCAUUCACAGUACUUCAACAUCCGGAUGCAAAGUUAGCACUUGAGGAAAGGGCAAGUGAGUUGAUGAUUCCUCUAACAAUUGUUCCACCCCUUGAUCCAAAAAUGAUGAGAGGAUUAACACUUGGAUUAGCUGGAGAUCACCAAUUCAUAAAUGCUGGUCUUGCUGUAGCACUAUGCAUAAAUUGGCUUCAGAGAACCGAGCAUGGAGAACUUGUUCCUCAGGGUUACCCAAUAGAAGAACUGCCAGAAGCAUUUCUCAGAGGUCUUUCCACUACUAGUCUUGGUGGACGAGCUCAAACUUUUAUUGAGAAAAAUCAAAAUUCUGGUGAUCUUGUCUUUUAUUUGGAUGGUGCACAUAGUCCAGAAAGCAUGGAAGUUUGUGCAAGGUGGUUCUCAAAUACUGUCAAGGAACCCGUGCGUUCAUUGACUAAAGUUAUGAAUGAUCAUGUGAUUAGCAGUUUCCAUAAUAACAAGCAUUCUAAUGAAUUUACGAGAUCAACAAUGAAGGUUCUUUUGUUUAACUGCAUGGAAAAGAGAGAUCCUCAGCUUCUUCUUCCUCCGCUUAUCAACAUUUGUGCUUCAAAUGGUGUUCAUUUCUCGAAAGUCAUAUUUGUACCUAGCAUGUCAGUGUAUCAUAGAGUUGAUUCUGGGUCAUCCAUUGUGGUACCCGAUUCCCCUGCAAAUUUAUCAUGGCAGUUCAUCCUUCAGAGAACAUGGGAGAAACUGAUCCAUGAAAAAGAUUUUGUCAACGGAAAUGGAUCCAGCAAGCAGCAACUCGAUAAAUCACUAGUUCAUGAAUUUCAUACUCGAGAGGCCAUGGAAAAGUGUGGUGAUGUUUUAAACGAUCUUUCUUGCAGCGCUGUAAUACCAUCCUUGCCAUUGGCUAUAAAAUGUUUGAGAGACUACGUGAAGGAAAAUCCCACGCUUUCGCUUCAGGUUCUUGUCACAGGUUCAUUGCACCUGGUGGGUGAUGUGUUGAAGCUUUUGAAAAAAUGAUUUGGGAUACUAAAACUAAAAUCCUUCCACACUUGCAUUUCUCUUUGUAAUAUCAUUCUUCUCUUUAACCAAUUGAGCUUGUUUUGGUUUCUGUAAUAUCAUUCUUCUCUUUGACCAAUUGAGCUUGUUUUGGUUACUGUAAUAUCAUUCUUCUCUUUAACCAAUUGAGCUUGUUUUGGUAACUGUAAUAUCAUUUUGAAGAAGGAUGAUUUGGGAAUCUCAUUACUAUAAAUAAUUAUGCAAUCAACUGAAAAUAACUAAUUAUGUAA